AAAGGGCCGGCGUGUACUGCCCCACCCGCAGCCAGUGCCAUCAGCCCAUCACGCCACCCGCGCCGACCCCACCACACACAUCCCCCUCUCCUCUCUUCUCCUCGCCCCUCACCAUUCUCCCCCAAUUCCCUUCGCCGCCCGCCCGCUCCCUUCCCCUCCCCCUCGCAGCCCGCGCCCGCUGAGUUCCAAGCCCUAGGCGGGCGGAGCGGCCUGUUCGGGGACCCGCCGAGCCCGCGGGGGGGAGAGGCGGGAGAGCGAGAUUCGGCCCGAUCUGCGGCGGGCCGCCAUGGAGCUGGACAGCAUCGAGUGCGUGUCCUACUCCGACGGCAUGGAGGACGACGACGACGCCGCGGCCGUCUCCUCCGCGCAGCUCCUGCGCCCCUUCCUCAAGUCCGCCUCCUCCGCCGGCAGCGCCGCCGCCGCCGCGGCCGUCAACGUGGUCGUCGUCUCCGACCGCGCCGGGGCCGCGGGGCCGCCCGGGGCCGGCCCGCUGGUCAUAUCGCCGGCCACGGGCGUGCACGAGCUGCUCGAGUGCCCCGUCUGCACCAACUCCAUGUACCCGCCCAUCCACCAGUGCCAAAAUGGUCAUACUCUAUGUUCCACCUGCAAAACUCGGGUGCACAACCGCUGUCCAACCUGUCGACAGGAGCUUGGUGACAUCAGGUGUCUGGCAUUAGAAAAAGUGGCUGAAUCACUUGAGCUGCCCUGCAAAUACUACUCUCUUGGUUGUCCAGAGGUCUUCCCAUACUACAGCAAACUCAAGCAUGAAUCACAAUGCAAUUUUAGGCCAUACAACUGCCCAUAUGCAGGUUCUGAAUGCUCAGUUGUAGGGGAUAUUCCCUUUCUUGUCACUCAUCUACGGGAUGAUCAUAAAGUGGAUAUGCACUCUGGAUGUACAUUUAAUCACCGCUAUGUCAAGUCCAACCCAAGAGAGGUUGAAAAUGCAACCUGGAUGCUAACUGUUUUUCAUUGUUUCGGGCAGUACUUUUGCUUGCACUUCGAGGCCUUCCAGCUUGGAAUGGCACCAGUAUACAUGGCUUUCCUCCGGUUUAUGGGCGAUGAAAAUGAUGCUAGGAACUACAGCUAUAGCCUUGAGGUUGGGGCAAAUGGAAGGAAGAUGAUAUGGGAGGGCACUCCCCGCAGCAUUCGAGACAGUCACAGGAAGGUCAGGGACAGCCAUGAUGGUCUGAUAAUUCAGCGAAACAUGUCUCUCUUCUUCUCAGGUGGAGACAGGAAAGAGUUGAAACUGCGAGUCACAGGUCGUAUCUGGAAGGAACAGCAGAAUCCUGACUCAGGAGCCUGCAUUCCCAAUCUAUUCAGCUGAAUCCAGUAACAAGAAUGGAUCCAGGUGUAUAUUGAUAACGGCGGAUGUGCUUGUGUGUCUCUAUGAUUUGUGUUUUGUUAUUUUCGUUGUCCUGCCAAGCUGCCAUUGCGGCCUGCCCUAAAUUAGUUAGGGCAUAUUGUUACGAUCAUGAAAAUACUGAGUGCCUUCUGUAAGGUCUCAUGAAUCACAUGUUUAGCAUUUUUCUCGAUGCAUUGGUGUAUCCCGUGUCAUUUUGAGAUGAAGGAUACAGCUUCUGCUGCUAUGUUUGUUUUGCUGUAUUCUGUCUGGAAAUAAACUGUUGAACAUUAACUGGUAGUA